AUUGUUGAUUUACGGGGUCUUUUCUGGGGCGGCAUUCAUGGGGUUGAAUAUGCGUUUGGGGCUCACGAAUAUCCAACAAGUGGGAUAUCUGAGGCAGAACCAAAACAGUGCGAUGGGUUCACCUUUAGGAAAACAAUUUUGAUCGGGAAAACGGAGUUGGGGCCUGCAGAUGUGAGGGGAGUUAUGGAUGAUUUAGUAGAUGAAUUCAAAGGGAAUGCUGACAGCUUAAUCACCAAAAACUGUAACCAUUUCUGCAACGAUGCUUGCAUCAGGUUGACUGGGAGUCCAAUCCCCAGCUGGGUUAAUUGCCUUGCUAGAAUUGGGUUCUUCUGCAACUGUGUUCUUCCAGUGACUUUAAGUUCAACCAAGGUGAGGCAUCACAGAAUCGAAGACAAAUCCUGUGAAGGAGAAACGAAGAAAUUGACGAAUGAUUCCAACAGAUUCACGUCAUCUUCAACCUCUUCUUCGAGCUCAUCGCCUUCGACCACUACUGAAUCUCAGAAUCGGGGUAGAAGCCAAAGCAGACCCUCAGUUCCCCCUUCUUCACCAUUGAUUCUUGCUCCUCAAUCAUCUUGA